GUUUUUUGUAAAGUAAUUCAUUAGUAAUUAGAAAUGUAUGUAAGUUUUAGUUUAUCAAAACCUUUAAAUCAAUUCUUUGGAAAUUCACAACAAACAUACUGUAAUUCAAUUGAUUAUAAAGAUCUUUUGAUUUUGGGAAUUCAAGCAGUGAUGAAACAUUCUUGGCACCUUUCGUGAGCUUUCCAAACAAAUAUGAGAGAAAGAUACGUCGUCAGUGUCCUGUAACUCAAGUUUUUUCAUAUACCGGUUGUAUCUUCCACCAAACUUCUCCUGAUAUUAGUUCUAUGGUUAACAAAAUCUCGACCAUUCUAAUAAAUAUAUGAUGUUUAUAAUUUAAAACACUACUCCCAAAUUUGUGUGGGAUUGAAAUUAGCAGUCACGGAAAAUUAAGUAAAAUUACCCAAUUUUUAAUAGGCAAUGUUAGAAAUAGAACAAAAUGAAAAGUAUAACUAACCCAGCUGACAGAUUAGAUUUCAUUAACCUUUGUAGUGUUUGUUAGCGAUAAACCUUAUAGGAUUUCUUAAAAUAUUUUUUUUAAUUUUUGUUUGAAAAUCACUACAAUGCAUAAUGGAAAUAUGUGAUGUACAUAUAUUAUCCAUUCUUUUAUGCAUUCGUUAUUAGUUUUUUCUUUGAUACAUCCAGAAGCUUAAAGACGAAACACAGAAGGGCCCAUGAACUGAGGAAUGAAAUUUACGUCCCGUCAUUAAUUGAUUUUGAAUUAAAAGGAAAAUCAUUGGCUUGGUUUCCAGUUCAAAUAAAAAAUGGUGAGAUACAAAAUGUUGGAAAACUGAGAUGGAAAAAACAUCGUAAAUGUAGAUAUAUAGAAGAUUCGGAUUGCUUCAAAACUGGACCACCAAAAAGAAUUUACAACGCGCAAGAAGAUAUAAAUGACCCUAAUGCCGGUGAUGGAGAAGAUGAUGGGGAAAUCGCCUAUGAUGACUAUGAUUACUAUUACGAUGAGGAUGAUGAAAAAUCAACAUCUAAUGCUGAUUCAAAUGGAUCCGCAUCGACUGAUAAAAAAUCUUUUUCCAUAUCAAAAGAGAUAACAGUAACUGAUACUACCACUGACGUAUCGGCAAUAACUGUAGGUAUCAAUCCUGUAGGUACCACUACUGUAGAUGAUUUUACACUAAUUAUUGAAGAUGAUUCGCCACCAAAAUCUACCACAGAGUGCCCACUGACCGAUGACACAGAAGAACCUACUGUACGUUUUGUCCCUAUUCGUAAUCACUGCCGAAACCGAUACCACACUUAUCAGGAUCAAUAUUUUGAUAUGAAAACAGAAAUUAUAAAUACAAAAUCUUAUCUAAGUCCUGCAUCUGAUGAAUACUCCACCGAAACUUCUACAUUUAACUCUCAAAAAGGGAGUUUAAGUGAUGAACAGUCUUGGCAGACGACAAGUACGAUGUCCACUACUAAUAUAAAGUAUUACACAGAUGAUUAUUAUGAAGAUAUUUCUACAAAACUAAGAGUGGAAGAUGAUACCAAUAAAUCAACGACUGAUGAUAAAGUUUCGACCACGGCAGGAACACCCAUACUUCAGCCUGUUACUGAAAUAUCAGGAAUAUAUGAAGAAAGUACAGUAAAAAAAUUCAGUAGUGAUACAUUAAGUGUUGGGACGACCGCUUCUAAAAAUUAUGAAUGGCCAGAAAAUUAUCGUUCUCCUGAACCUAAGCCCGAAAGAGUUGACACGCUCUCUAGUUUAAAAGAUUUUAAAAAACAAAGUACAGUAAAUAGAUUCAGUAGUGAUACAUUAAGUGUUGGAACGACCGCUUCUAAAAAUUAUGAAUGGCCAGAAAAUUAUCAUUCUCAUGAACCUAAGCCCGAAAGAGUUGACACGCUCUCUAGUUUAAAAGAUUUUAAAAAACAAAGUACAGUAAAUAAAUUCAGUAGUGAUACAUUAAGUGUUGGUACGACCGCUUCUAAAAAUUAUGAAUGGCCAGAAAAUUAUCAUUCUCCUGAACCUAAGCCAGAAAGAGUUGACACGCUCUCUAGUUUAAAAGAUUUAAAACCAUUUUCAGAUAGUGGAUCUUUCCCAAGUCGACAAAAAACAAGUUCCAUAUAUUAUAUUUUGCCUACCGAAAAGAACCAAACUGCGAGUACAAUGAAUAAGUUUACUAAAGAACAAAUUGAAUAUACUACAAAGGCAACUGAAUGUGGAGGAGAUUAUUUCGUAGUCGACGAGACAGAUGAUAAAAAGAACUCUGAAAACAAUUGUGAACAGCGUACAGAUUAUACCAAAACAUUAACAGAUACAAGAUUUCGUCAUAUUGAGACUCCACCAUACCCCAAAAUUCCUGUUGACCUCUAUUUUCCAACAUGUUCUGGAGGUGAAGAUCGACUGGAUGAUAUCCUGUCUCCUACAUUCAUACCUGGAAAAGGAUAUGAUAAGAAUGAUUCAGGAAAGAAUUUUGAAAAGAAGAAAGAAAAAGGUAGGAAAAACAGAAAACAUUGCAGGCGGAAAUCAACAUUCCUUACUACCGAAAUUAGGUAUUCACAGACGCAACCUAGUCCUACGACAGAGACACAGCGUUAUGUAGCGAAGCAGCAUGCAGGAAAUAAGAAGGACGCCAAAGUGGUAGUGAGGAUACCACCAAGCCUCUCUGACAUACCUGUUGUUGUAGUGAGAGAUCCAUUAACACAAAAGCUGUCUUUAUCACUGAUUGGUGCUGAACAAGAUCCAAUUCAGCCGAAACCGAUUUAUUACAAACCACCCGAAUAUCGUCAGAUGUUUCCUCCACCAUUUUCUUAUAACAAUCUUUAUUCACCCAACAUCCCUCCAUUUGGCAAAAUCUAUCCAUACGGUUAUAUCUAUGGUCCCAACGUAGGAUACAGGUAUGAUAAAGCAAACUAUGCCUAUCCAAAGCAUCUUAGAUUUUUUAACAAUUAUCGUUGGAUGAGAGAUACCUAUGAAGAUGACGACGAAGACGAUGAAGAAGAUAAAAACUCUACAGAUUCAGAAUGGGAGAUCUAUCUAACUGUUUAAUAUAAUUUUUUUCUCACAAUUUUAUUGCAAUUUG